AUGUUAAGGAACAGACUUCAGGUGUGGGCUGAUUCUGAAGGCAUUCUGGAGGAAAGUCAGGCGGGAUUUCGACCGGAAAGGUCUUGUUUAGAUCAAAUUAUCGUCCUCAAGGCUGCUACUCAGCUUCAGCUGCGCCUGGGUUCCAGAAAAGUUUUCAGUGUUUUUGUUGAUUUUAGAAGAGCGUUUGACUCGAUUCCCCAUGAUAAACUUUGGCAGAAAUUGUUUCAUCUAGGUGUCACUUCUAAAUUUGUGAAAAUAAUAAAAUCGCUCUACGACAGUGCCUCAAUUCAGGUUAAAGCAGGUGGCCGUCUCUCUGAUCCCCUCCUAGUUUCCUCGGGUGUACUCCAGGGGGAGUCCUUGAGUCCCCUCCUGUUUAUUCUUUACAUUGCAGACCUUGAGAAAUAUUUACGUGAGCUUGGUUUUAGGGGUGUCAAUAUCAACGGUAUCACUGACGUUCUGUUACUGCUGUAUGCUUAUGACUUGGUCAUACUUGUUGAGAGUGAACUGGUCUUGAAAAAGAUAUUAAUUGCUCUGGAUUCCUACUGUUCAGAUCUGGGUCUCUCUGUAAACUCAGACAAGACGAAGGUCAUGAUUUUUAGGGAAGGUGGAAGAGUGAGUCCAGAAUUAAGCUCAACACUCGGCUUCUUAGCAGCCAAGGAAGCGGUGAUUAAAGCUAGGCAGGCAAGUGGUGCGGUUUUUGCGAUCUUUGCACGCGGUAAAUGUGACUCUUGGUCAAGUAUGAUCAGGCUGUUCGAAGCCAUUACCAAGACGACCCUCCUCUAUGCUUCGCCUGCCUGGGCCUUGAAUUACUUAGAUCAUCUUGAGACAGCUCAGCUGAGCUUUGUUAAAAGACUCCUGCUUCUCCCCAAGAACACCCCCAGCUGUGCUCUGAGGCUGGAGACGGGACUAUUGAGAGUGGAAUACGCGGUCUGCAAAGCGACUCUGAAUUAUAUUAUCAAGAUUCUUGAGAUGGAAGACCAUCGUCUUCCAAAAAUAUGUCUAAGGAGAAUGUUUGAGCUUGAUUCUGAUCCUAAUCCUCUUAAAGAUGUUGCCAAAUUUAAAAAAUUUAACUGGGGCACGCGUAUUUGCAAUUUUUUGUCAUUGGUGGGGGCUCCGGAGCUUUGGGGUAAUUUUGGGGCCGCUGAUUGGCUUGGCAAUAGGGAAGGGAUGCUUGAAAGGCUCAAACAGUUUCUUUUGGAGCAAGACUGGGUCGAUUGGAACAAAUGCAUCCAUAAGAUACCGGUAGCUAGAAAUGUUUUGGGUUCUGCUUCUAUGUAUCUACUGAACAGAGGUCCGAUUGCGUACACCAGAAUCAAAGCGCAAUUUCGCCUAGCUAACUCGCACAACUGUGCCCUAAGAGCUAGAGAGGUGGUUUUGCAGAGUCGAAACAUGGAGCCAGUCAGGGCUGACCAACUGAUUACUAGAUUUUUGUUGUCGGAAUCACAACCAUCUGAGGGAUAG